AUGUAUGACCACUACAUGUUGAACGAAAAGCUUCCAAUAAGUUCAAUGUUCAUCAAGAACUAUGAAGAUGUUUGUAAGUUGUGCAAGGAUUGGACUUUAGAGAAGAAGAUGUUAGUUAACAGAAGAUAUGAAACAAGGUAUGCAAUUAACUCAAAGUUAGUUACACCACUUGCAAAAGUCAUUGAACUCUUGUUUGCUAACAAUUAUUUCGAACCAAUUAGAACAGGAGAACUUUGCACAUACUUCACAACGAUGUAUAAUGAGAACCUUGAAGAAAUGAUUGACCUCACAUACAAUGAGCGUUAUUGCGCAAGGAUGAAGAAAGAUUGGAGUUCAGAGACGAAGAAAGACAUGAAGUUCCCAAGAGAACAUGUUUUCUUUGCUGACUUCGAAGCAUCAACUGAUGGAAACAUUCACAAAGCAUACAACAUUUGUUUCAUGGAAGAUGACGAUGAUGGUUAUACAUCAAUUUGGGGAAGUGACUGUGCGUCAAAAUUCCUCGAAGCUUUACCAGAUAAGAGUUUAGUUUAUUUCCACAACUUAUCGUACGAUGUCACUUUUCUCAUGUCUCAGUUAGAAGAGAUUACAGGAACUCCAAUCAUCAAAGGUUCACAAACGAUGCAGAUACAAGGAAAGUACAAAGGAAAACUUCUCUGCUUCAAAGACUCUUAUGCAAUCAUCUCAACUAAGUUGGAAAGAUUCCCUGAAAUGUUUCACCUCACUAGUGGUGAAAAAGAAGUUUUCCCAUAUAAUUACUACACGGAAGAGUUAGUUAAUACAACUAAAGUUGGUAACAUCGAUGAUGCCAUGAAUCAUGUCAAAGAUAUUGAAGCUUUUAAUGAGAACAUUGAGAAGAUUGAAGAUUGCAAGAUUGAUGAUGAACACUUUGACAUGGAAGUUUAUUCGUCAUUCUAUUGCGGUCAAGAUGUACGCAUUUUACGAGAUGGCUUUCUUAAGUUCCGCAAUGACCUCAUGACUGA